AAAAAGACUAGAUCGUAGACGGCUAAGUUUUUUUUAUGUGUGCCAGGUUCUUGUGCGAUUUGAAGAACAGAAAAAAACCUUUUUUUCUGCAAUCUACGCCUAGUUAGUUUGAUGUGUGUAUUUCCCGAAACGGGUAAUUGUUGGGUAAAGUGAAAGUGGGUUCUAGAAUCCGGGAGAAUCGUUAUAAACUUCGCUAAUUCGAUUGUGUCGACGGGGAAAGCAGCGGAAAAAUUCGCGACUCGCGACAGCAAAGUGUGGUCUGCGCGAAGUGUAGAAGGACAGUGAAGUGCGGUGUGGUAAAAAAGAUGUCUUCUGUCCUACUGCAAGAAGCCUCACCAGCGGCGACGACCACGACGCUGGAACUGUCCAACGGCAGUCCUGGUAGCCCACAACAAGCGCCCGUUUGUAACGAAGACAUUUCCUACUGGCAGUGCUCACUGGAGGCACUCGCACAGAAAGUGAUUGUUGGCGAUACAGUUAUUGCGAAUAAGAAGAAGAAGCAAACGCCUUCCUCAUCCCAGGAGGCAGAGCAGAAGGAUGAGAAACAGCAGUCAAGUGUUGGCAGCCCAUGUUCGGCUGUCCCACUUGGGGUUACUGAUUGUUGUCCACCUGAGGAGGAAAUCAAGGAUAGCGAUAUGAAAGAUUCUAAUGAUGGCAAUGACGAUUCGGUAGCAGCAGACGAUCAACAACACGACUGCAAUCUCUUCCGAUUAAGCUGCUGUUGUAGGCCUUGUCUAAACUAUCGGGAAACUAUUAUCCAACUGUUUGUAGAGGAUUUCGAGUAUAAUACGCUCUGGGAGCGGUUGCAGUUACUAAUAAAGAAAUUUUACGAUUUCAUACCGGAGCAAGAUGAUUCGCAGCUGUUUAGUCGCUAUAUGCAACUGAUGGACAAAUCGUCGAUCAAAUGGCUGACGGAUGGUCGUAUCAAUACCAAGAAGAACAUACAAAUCUCGCUCGGCUCGAAUUUACCGCUAUCAAAUGAGAUGACAUUCAUCCUGGUGUUCAGCAUGUUGUACACGCGCGAUCCUCACCAGCUGUUCGAGUUGUUGUGUCUGCAAUUGCGGUCGAUUGUGCGAGCAUACAGUCAAGGUCUUCAGGAUCUGAUCACGGAAUCCAGCGAAGGCGAAUUGCAAUAUAGUCCCACGGAGUUGCUCAAUUAUAUUCUCGAUGGAUACGACAAGCUGUGUCAUUCGGCUAAGGCGCUAUCGCCGCUGUUGUUCGAAUUGCAACGCGGUCAUCUGCAGCAGUUCUCGCUGACAUGGUGUUUGAUCAACAAGCGCAUGUAUCAACGAUUUGUCUAUCUAGAGGUGCAGAAGAUCAUUCCGGAAUGCAUUCUUAAGCUGAAAGAACUCCUGUUUGACGACGAAUACAAGACAAUGGUUUAUCGCUUUAUCCAAUUUGACGACGAGAUGAACUCUACUUCGCAGAUAUGGCGUGAUGUGUGGUCACUGUUGCAUGAUUAUCACAAGGCAAAGGAAGAUUCCGCUCGAAGAAAGAGGAUUAGCUCGGCCCAUUCGUUACUGCUCGCCGUGAAACAAUCGGAAUUCAACUUUAUUCCGGAGAUACAACGGCAGAAAGAACGACCAAUUGUUGAGUGGCUUUCGCUGGAGGAUCGCAAUUUGGUGUGGCAAUAUGUGAUCCAUAAUCUGAAGAUUAAGUGGAUUGCAUGCACUAAUCCAAGAUUGAAUGCUUCUAUUGAGAAUAUCCAGUGUCGAAAGUGCAACUUUGCUCUGGCGACACACUAUGUUGCUUGUGACUGUCGCACAUGUUUGAUUGCUGGCGGUACCUGUUUGGGCAUAUCGAAGGAACAGCUCUACUGUGCUAAGUGUUCGUUUUUCAAAAAACUGGAUCGAGAUUAUCUGGACUACAUUGGCGAGUUCUUUAACAAACCACUGAGUGAGAAACAGUUCCAAGAACGAAAGCAGCUCAAUGGUAUACUGUCUCCAUCUCAAUCGUCCUCAUCAUCCAGCUCGACAAUGGAAAUUGCGGUUCCGGAACAAACUGAAACUGACUUACAGGAUGAUCCAUCUACUGGGGCACCCAGAAAGGAUGGUUCUACCGUCACAACCGUGUCACCGGUCGUGGGUUUGGUUGACAAUACUAGUCUAUAUCACAUUUCAUGGGCUAUUUUCAAACAUCUACCGGAACGGGUCGCGUACACUUGGACGACGCUUGAGCCUAAACGAUUUUGCAUCUUCCAGGGUGAACCAUGUAAAAUCAAUGCAUGCCGAGUAGCGAUCAACAUUAUUGCUAUGCUGUACCCGUUAAAUUUGUCAAAGUUUCUGAUAAAAUCCUAUCAUCCAUUGAAGGAAGAGGAACGCAAAAAGAUGGCUGAGAACUGGAAUAUCGACGUGAAAAAUUUCAUGCAAAGAUUCUGCGAUGACAUCAACAAACGCUGGCGAACGGAGGUGGCUGAUCGGAUUCAUCCUUUGCAUUUUCUAGAUCUGCUGUGGGAAUCAGACGAUUCCGAGUCGGCACUUCUAAGUGAUAUGGCUUCGGCAUUCGCCGAAUGGUUUUUAAUAGAUUUCCAAUUUCCCCAGCGUAAUGUCAUCUAUCAGUAUUUCACCAAGUUUUUCUUGGCGAAGGGCACUGACAUAGAGUUUGACAUGAAAUGUUUUGAAAAUGUUAGCGGGUCGCGGUUGUUCAACUGGAGCACACCGGCAUCCCCAUUGCGGCAGAUGAUUGCUGACGACAUGCAGAGCAAAUUGCUGGGAGUGAACUGGAGCACAAUUCUGCCCGAGGAAGCAUUGGCAAAUAUCAAUGGUGACGAGCUGACUUCGGUUGCUAAAAUUGAUGGUGUAGCAGCAACAGCUGGCGUCCUAGUGGCAUCGGCUACCACGGGUGUUUCUAAUUCCAGCUCGACAGCAAUGGCUGCUGCUGUGAUUGAACCGAUUGUGAAGCUUUGUAGUGAUGAUGGUACUAUCUGUAAGGACUGCAAAGAGUGCUUUACCGACACGGUUACUAAAUCAGAAAUUUUUGAAAAAGAAAUAAAAAAACCGUUGGUUGAAGCGCUGAAACUUGCAGCGAGUAAUAAAAUACUCGAAACGGAACUAAAAACGCUCCAAAAGGAGCACAGUAUGUUAAAGGAUAUGGUGCGAGAUUUGGAGCAAAUUCACGAGCAGAAACAUAGCACGGUUACCCAACAAUGCGGUAAUAGCAAUAGUAUUAGUGGUACUAACAAUGUUAAAUCCAACAACAUGCUCAAAGGCAGUACCAAUGCCGGUGCUAGUGAUGAUGCCACUGUUAGUACUGUUACGAAAAGUAUCGUAUCUAACAGUGGUGGAAACGUAGCGUCGCCGUCUGGCAGCGGAUCGUCAGUUUCAAAAGUCAAUAUCGCUAGUCCUGCAAAAACCAUGUCUAAUCAAGCAACAAAUACUCCCUCUAAACUGACAAAUCUUCAGCAACAUGCCAUAGGAAAAUCUGCUCCCUUGGCUACCGCUCCGAAAGGAUCGAGUCUGACGAAAUCAACGACUAUAAUCACAUCCACUGCAGUAGGAAAGGUAGUUACCAAAGCCACCAGCACUAAUUCUUCCUCAGGGACGACGGUCACUGUUCCGGCAACGACUGCACCAUCCACUAGCACCAACAGUGGGUCCGCUGCGACACACAGUUCGCAUGUUAUUCAGUCCAAGGAGGACCACAAGAAAACUUGUCAUCGGGGUGGCGCGAAUGGUGGCGAAAAAGGCGACGGUUCCUGCGUGUGCUACUACUGUACACUAUUCGGACAGAGUGUUUGUUUGGAAUGUAAUCACAACCAGAGAACGAACGAAACGCGCGAUCGUUUACGAAAAAAAAUCAAACAGCUUCAAAGCAACAAGGAUAAUCAACAGCUGAAAUCGUUGAACUUGAAAAAUAUUAAAAUUCCACCCGGCGGUCUGCUGAAGAAAAUUAAUACUAAUAAAAGCAACUCGACAAAUGUGGUUACCAACAGUGGUGCCAUAAGUACUACAAUGCCUGCCAUUACCAAGGAAUCGAUCACAUCUAAAGUGGAAGCCUUAAAAAAUAGCAAUCUUCAGAUGGGUCCAGUUAGCACUGGAGUAGCGGUUGCGGCAACUUCAGUCAAUGCUAAAAUUCCAAUGGUUUCGGCACCUAUUGCGGCUACAAAAGGGGUACCUUCGAUGAAACCCGUGAAUGGAAAAGAUAUGGCUCAACAGUCAUCCCAACUAUCACAGAAACCGCAGCAGCAGCUGCAUUUACAAGCACCGAGUGCAGCGUUCGCACCUCUAGUGAAAAAACCACCACCUCCACCACCAAUGGAAGAAAAAUCCCUAGACGACAUUCUGAGGUUUAUCGAGGGUGACGACGAGGACAAACAUGCGAACAAUAAGAAAGCUGCCAAAAAGGUUAAACAAAAACAGAAAAAACAAGAUUUGAAAAAAAUUACCGAGUUGGGAGAGCUUAAUCAAAAGUUUGCCGAAUUUAAUUUGGAGGAACAAAAAGCUCAAAAACGGUUACAAUUUCAACAAAAUUUGAAAAAGAAGGAUAAAAAGCAACUGCUGGAGGAUAUACAGGCAUACGAAGCGAAAAAAGUUCAAUUACAGACAGAUAUUAGUAGUUUAGUUUCGAGCAUAAAAAACAAUAAUCCCGAAUUUAAUUUCAAACUGGAUGGUAAACCGGUACCGAGUGCGAAAGAUGCACCUAAGGGCAAGUCGGACUCUUCGAGUAAGAAAUCCACUACACAGCAAUCGUUUGAAUCCAGUCAAAAGCAGCAGUUGCCAGCCAAAUUGCAACAGAACAUCAAUCUUUUGCAGCAACAAAAACAACGGCAACAGCAACAACUGCUCCAACAACAUCAGAAAGCCCAACAGAAUCAACAGCCACCGAAGCAGCAGCUGCAUCAGCAGCAACAACAACAACCACAACAGUCUCAGGACAAUGUCAGUAUUGAUUCUACGAGGAGAAUGGUUACAAUAAAGCGAACAUUCUUACCACAUGCGGAACCACAGGUCACAGUGACGGCGAAAGGACCAUCGCCCGAUAAAGAUCAGUUACUGUACACGUUUAUCAAUGGUCAAUUGGUUCCACCGGAACCAAUAUCUUCGAACAUGAAAGUAAAUAACGGACAAGCAACCAAUAAAAAGCAACACCAUCAGCAACAACAGCAGUCGCUGCGGGAUCAGUUGAAGUUGAAGAUGGCGUUUGACGACGCGAAACAGAUCAGCGAUAUGAUCGUCAAAAGUCAGUUUACCAAUGAUACCGAUGUGUGGAUAACGGAAAAAUUGUUAAAGUUGAGUCUCAAAGAACAGUCACAACAGCAACAAAUGCAAUCCAUGCGGGAGGUGGACGAGUUGAUGCAGAAGAUACAGUUGCAAAGUGUGGCUGGUACAUCCGAUAAAAAGAAGAAGGAAGAUAUUGUUUCAUUGACUAGCAAACUGUCAGAUAAAUUGACACAGAUUAGAAGCAAAGCGAAAAGUUCUGUCAGUGAAGCACAGGCAAAGGCUGCAGCGCAAAUGUUGCAGAAAAUUGUACAAAAACUGGAUUUCGAUCCAAGCAUCAGCGGUGACGAUGGCAAGAAAAAGAAGAAGAAAAAGAAACAGGACAAGGUGUCUGAGGAGAUUGACGAAAUCGAUAAGAUUGUAGCCUGGUUGGAUGGAUUGGAGGUUAGUGGGGAAUCGAAAAAAGGCGACAAGAAAACAGCCGAGAAAACGCUGGGUAAAAUUCUCAACCGGAAGCUUAGCAAAGAUUCUAUCAGUUCCAGUGGAAGUGCACAAAAAACAAAGGACAUCAAGGAACAGAAGAAUAAAGACAAAACAAAGGUUGAAGAGAGUAAAGAACCCACAAAAAAGGAGAAGGAAGCACAGAAGAAGGUUUUGAUCCGCAAGAAAAGUGAGGUUUAUAUUGAUCCUGAAUUUGACAACAACACAUUCAAACUGUUGAAUUUAGAAGACACAGAGUCGGGUGAAGAGGAGGACGAUACUGUGGUGCUGUCAGAAGUUGAUUUAGAAGCUGCCAAACAACCAAAACCGGUUCCGCGUCCUGCCACUCCUCUUUCACCGAAAAUUGAGCAACAAACAAGGCCUCCGACGCCACCCUUACCGAUAUCAUCCGCAAACGGUAAUAAAAAAUCAUCGAAAAAGAAAAAUGAAAAACCAAAAGAUCUUCCAGCUGCGCCUGUUGUUCCAGUAAAGGAAGUAAAACAAAUUAGAAACAAGGAAAAUCUUGCCCCUUCUGUCAUAGCCUCAUCCACUCAAAAGAACACGAGAAGUGCUCAAAAUGUCAGUAAUAUUCAAACAGCUAACACUAAAAAAGCAAGUCCAGCUGUUACGCAACCUCCCGACAAACCAUUUCAAGAGAACCCAAAUAUGUCCAAGCGCCAAAAGAAGUUGCUUCAGAAACAACAGGAACAGAGUAAAACUGUUGUCCAACCUAAACAGAAGAAACAAUCGCAACAACAGUCACAGCAAUCUGCUCCCGGUGCCGGCCGACAUAUUGACAAAGCAAUCCGAACAGCGGAGCGAAUGGCAAAAUCCUCUAACGAUCGUAGGUCCAAAGUUAAUAUCGGUACCGACACAACUUUGGAACUACUCAAUGGAUCUCCAUUGGGCUCGGCUCCACCCAAAAAUGGAACACUGCCAAAAAUUCCCAAUACUUUCCCGCCGGGCGAUACGUCGUUUGGGGCAAGCAUAAUGGAUCAACUAAGCCGUGGUAUCCGAGUCGAAGGUCUUCAGUUACCACCGGGUAUCACACUAACUCGGGUAGAUGCUGCGCAGGCAGAAGCCAUCAAAGCAAAACGGGAAUCGAUAAAGAAAAUCUGCGAACCAAUGAAGACCGUUCAAUCCGAACAACCAUCGGCAGUUUCACACCAAAUGCUCAUGGGAGCUAAAGGAGCAGCUCCUGGUAUGUUCAUGAUGAAUCCGAUGGUGGUUCAGCCAGGACUGAAUGCAGCUUCAGCUCAGGAUGCGGUAAUAAUGGUUGACACUAACAAGCUGAAGGGAGGAGCCGGUGGUGAGGGCGAGAAAAAGCCCAACAAAAGGAACAAACGGAAAAAUAAAAACAAAGCCAAACACGAAGGCUCGAAAGAUGCCCAUUCCAAAGGCGAUGUCCACAAAAAUCAAAAAGUUAAUAAUUUCGUAACACUUCGGAAUCCGAUGUUCCAGGGUUCUUCGUCCAGAGCUGCUCCUACAGGUGAUCAAUCCGGAGCGCGAUCAUCGCAAAGCUACGAGCAGCCGGCAACGAUUUUCAAAAACGAUAAUGGCAUGUUUACCAUAAGAAAUCCGGUUUUGCAUCAGGCACUAGCAGGUGGUACGCCACCGUCAACAAGCGGGUUCAGACCGUUCAACACUAAUUACCUAGUUGAGAAUGGAAUAUUUCCACCCCAAAUUGCAUCCGGAACCACGGCAGCAAAUUAUCUUCAGCAACAGCAGCAGCAGCAGCAACAUGCAGGAAAUCUGCUAGUGGAUGGACAAUUCGGUACCAAUCCUGCGAGUUUCUCGGCAACAGUUGAACCACCACGCAAGUGUAGUUCAGUUAUUGGCAGUGAGAUGAAGAAUGCCCAAAAACAAAAGCAACAACAACAGCAACAUCAUCCGCACGCACAUCAUAAUUCGUGGCAACAGCUCAACGGUGCGUGUUCGGCUGGUGUUUGCUCGUCUACCGGAACCGAUCUGUAUAAUCCUUUGUCGCUAGCUGGACCAGCUCCGAAUCAGCGAUGCUAUUCUCCAUUCGAGAGUCUGCAGUAUGGAUUAACCGGAAGUCAGGAUUACAUGAAUCCUCAAAGCCCUUCCGCGGGUUACUUCCCGAUCAGUUCUCCAUCGACGAUGAGUGCAAUCGGAUCCGAGAGAUCGCAAGCAAGGGCCCACGCGGCCGCUGUCAUGUCAACGACAUCUAAUCCGAGCUGUAGGAGGUUGUUCAAUUCUACUAGUGGCCCAACGAUUGGUGCACACUGCUGUGACGAUUCGCCUGCUGGUACCUACUAUGAAGGACUAGCUUCAAAUUGUUCUGCUGCCAAUCAUAAGUAUGAUGAUUUAUCUUUUCUGCAGAAUUUGCAACCCGGACAGCGAUUGAAUAGUGAGGUCACUAUUCAUAAUAUCAAUGAGUCAAAGUUCCUUCGCCAGCAGGGACAAAAUUUGUCCAACGAUAUUGAGAUUACUCGAAUAUCAGCUCCAGGUAGUUCGAUUGCAUCGUCUGGUUUAAGUCACCCAUCACAAACCGUGCCGCAUCCGCUGCUGAUGUCACCGGCUGGUUCCACUAUCAGCAGCGAAGCAGCAACGGCUGCCUCAGUGUCUUCGAUCACUGGUGGCAGCAGUGGUGGAAUCGCUGGUACUUCAAAUAGUGCAGCAAGUGCAGCCCAAGCGGCUAGCCUUCUUGCUUUGAACGAUAUCGAAACUAGCUUAUUCUUGCAAAAGUACCAGCAGCAACAGUUGCAACUGCAGCAACAGUUGCAGCAGCAAAUGCAACAACUCCAGCUGCAGCCUCUUAGUCGACAGCAGCAGCAACAAUUGAUUGGAGAAUACGGAGAAAACAUUUUCGCUCCCAAUCAAAUGGUCAACCUCAACGAGCUGGAAUCGGAGGAGCGCGAUAUUGAGUCAUUCAAACGGUUUAACUAUUACUUCGAUCCACCGAAGAAUAAGCCCAAGAUCAAUUUGAACGUUAAGGAUAUUGUGGUAAAUAGUAAAAAACCGGGUGAAGCACCCAGCAACAAUCACGUUGGUUCGAGCGGCAAUAGUAGCAGCAGCAGCAGCAGUAGUGUCAGCAAUGACAACAAUCUCGGUGGUGUCAGCAUAGGUGAGGACAUACAACCGAUCCGGCCGCAAGCACCGAUUGGAACGCCCUCACAGAAAGCUUAUCAUCAGCAACAGAGUACGCCGGUUUCGUCCGUUGGGACAGGAGUUUCUACGAUGCUCUACCCGGCGACUUCGGAUAGUCCGGCGUCAUCAGCCUCCAUUUUUGACGGAAUUUCGUCAUCGAUGAGCAGCCAUGCGCACUCCUGUGAUGAUUUGUACAACGAUUUGCUCACCACGACGGGCAAUCUAAGCUUGAAUUUAAAUUUAAACUUAACCCAGCUACAGCAGUCCAACUCGGAUCCCAUUGUGUACGAUAGUUUCGGUGUCGGCGGUGGGGCACCGAGUUUAAGUAGCGUAGGGAGUUCUUCCACCAGCGGCAGUGGAGGGGGUAAGCCACCGGCAAGUGAGCUGACCCAAAGUAUUAUCAGCAAUUGAACAGGUGAUAAGUUAGGAAUGUUCCUAUCUGAUUCAGGUUUGAAAUACAAGUGCUAAUGCUGCGUAUACUGUUUAUGUGUCGGUUUAGGCCGCUCUAAUUAAACAGCCAACACAUUACCAUAUUGUCAAAGUUGCCUUCAAACAGAAGUGCCAUAGAUUUCCUUCCCCAUUAUGCAGACACCGUUACUCUUAAAGAGCACACACAAGCCUGUAUCAGGUAAUGGAAACCUCUUCCUGCUCGAAAAUGGAAUCAAUUCCUGCACACAAAUGUCGACUGCCACUGAAUAAAAGAUCAGCAUUACUCCUUGCAGAAGAAGGGUCUUUGUGUCACAGACUAGUAAGAUUUAGUAUCUUCAAACAAACAAAUGUUAAAGCUUGUCUCCUCCCACAAGAGGUUAAACAGUACAGCAGUAAUCGUCGGUCGAACGAAUCUAUUAAACAACACCACAUACCAAUUGAA